CAAAUGUCAAAGAAAUUCAAAGCCAACGCUACAUGUGUUUUGUAGUAAGAAAAACGAAGUGUCCUUAAAAAUGUAGCGAUUUGCAAUUGUAUUGUUGAAAUAUAUUGCUUUCUAAAACAUGCAAGUAUGGGUAGCUGUCCAGGAUGGGUAAAAAACGUCAACAUAGAAAGCAAGAUUGAACAUGUUCAUCUAAUGGCGCCUCAAGUAACAUAGGAGAACGAAUGUUAGUUAAAUUACUUUUGAAAACUUCUGUUAUUUGGAUCUUCUCGUUUUGCAAACUGCAUUCCGAUGGUGAUUGAGAGGAGGAGAACUUCUUCUGUAGGAGGAUGCGGGGCAAGAGGGGAGAAGUUGGUAAGCGGAGAGCGCUGACUCAUUCUGUUGUUGAACUUUGAGUGGUGUAAAUAGAAAAAAUUGGGAAGGAUGUUUGCCAAAAAUGUACGGAAGUGCCGUUUUGGGAAAUGUAGGACGGGUGUUGCAGGUAUAUGAUAUUGUUGGAGUCGUUACGACGGUGGUGGCGUUAUCCGUUGUCACAACCACCACGACUGUGGCACCGGGUAGGAACAAACUGGGAUCUGGCGAAAAAGUGUGGCUUCGACAUCCCGACGUGGAGCGGUUUGGUUGUUUCUCGUGUAUUCAUUGUCUUUUCGCCAUUCAGACAAACAACCAACACAAUGGUAUCCAUCACCCCGUUGCGAUGCAACAUUUGUCGACGUCUUCGUGAAAGCUGUGACGUUGCAACAGGACUAUGUUAAGAAUGUCUUGAUUACACACCUCUACUUUUCUGUCACAUCUGCAGAAUGUAUCACGUCGAUGUUGUUAACUGCUUCUGUCGACCUUGUCAGGGGAUUCACUCAUACUUCUGCGUCUACUUUAUGAGAUCGACGAUACACACACACUUUCCUGUCUAUUCUGUACAACAGGAGAUCAAAGGCGUCAGCUCUUUCGAUCUAUUAUGCUGACUCUAACUUUCCACUAAGUUUUUAUUUCAUUACAUAAAAGUUGGUUAGUUCUUCUGAGUUCACCUAGUUCUUUUCUUCAAGAUAUUUAGUAAGUUAUUGUUAUUUUUUGUGGUUGUUUUGUUCCUGUUAUUGUAAA